AUGACCCUGAGAUAUUACCUGCUGUCCGGAACUUCGUGUUGUGACCCUCCCCCCACCCGUGAUUUCCGACCACGUCUUCUUCUGAACGUUGUCAGGGGUCAAGAUAUCAUCACGCGGCGAAGAUCCUCGACAACCUCUUCUUUCAGGGAGCCUGACGGAGGGUACCCUCGCCGUCAGGACGACGACCCUACGCCCGAGGGCGUGCCUGGCGCUGAACACAUUGACUACCGCGUCAUGGUGAUAUCCAAAGCGCCGGAGAAGGCGCCCACCAGCAUAGUGGCCGUCAGAGACCUUAACCCAUGGAUGACCAGGUGGAUCUUCUCAUACAGCGUUUCCAAAAAGCACGUUAUAUUUUUAACUUCAUUGGCUGCUCAAAAAGGCACGUUUCGCACAUCGCUACCCACGUACCCGUAUCGUGAAACACCUGCUGCCCGCUACUCAGAUCAAGACUUCAACUACCCCAAGUUAAAGCAACAGUCCCUGCUAUUCCCCGUUCUCAAGUCUGCCGCCACGACACGCCUUAGCAGCUGGGUUAAAGCCUGCUCUAUUUCUCUGACUAAGAAAAACUCUCUCCAGAGCAUGUCGCCGCGUCACACCAGCUGUGGACACAUCUCCAGUGAUACACCUGCCACACACUGGAACCUGGACACCUGUCACACCAACAAACAUUACAUCUGUAAGAAGGUUCAACAGUCAGCACAAAGCAACACUUCCCACGACACCUGUGUACAGUGUUUGUCGCGUAAUAAGAGGUUCAGUGUCCAGAGACCAAUGUUUGUCUACAAACCUGGCGAGUCUCAUGACGCAGGACGUCCUGUCUUCUCAUCACUUUUCCAUUCUCGUUUUGGUCCACACUUCACAGACGUAGGAAGCGCACGGAAGCAUUUGGAAGGCGUCUUAUUGCGUUCAAGGAUCACACCGUGGCAUCCUGACCCGGCAGCUCCACAGCCUCCACGUUUCACGAUGUAUCACAGAUUUCACGAUGGUGAACAAGUACAGCUGGGUGAUCCCUCUGCUGUAGUUCCCUCUAAAAAAGUUCUCAAGAGUAUAUUACAGGCCCACUUAAUGCCAUCUUCUGGUUCUUCGAGCCAGAGAACACCUGCCACAACCUUGACGGUAGACAGCGUCGCCCAUGGAGGACCGUCACUGACUACGACACAGUCCCUCACUGAUAAUGGAAAUGAAAGUGUCAUUGCCUUACUGACAAGUGCUUCAAGUGCUAGUGAAGCAAGUGUCAGUGUCAAUGGGGAAACAUCUGAGCUCAACACCUGCCAGACGGGAGAUGAGUCCUACCAGAGUUCUUGCUACAGCAUCCCAGGUGACCAACUCUCCUGGAGUGAUGCACAGAACCACUGUCUCUCCAGGACCUCACACCUGGCUGUCAUUAAUGACAGAGAGGAAUCAGAAUUCGUGCGAGGUCUGUUUGGUGAGACGGGGAGAGGUUGCUGGCUCGGUGGAUCUGUCAGCCAGGUUGAUGACGACCCUCCGGUGCUCUCCUGGGUCAACCAUCAACCAUUUACCUUCAUCAACUGGAACGAAUAUCAACCAAGUCUGGAAGACGGAAUGUGUCUGAGAGUGGCCGACAACUCUGGUGCCUGGAUAAUGUCCCACUGCCAGGAGAAACUAAACUAUAUCUGUGAGUAUGAGAUUACAACACCCACUCAGCCGCCCACCCAGCCGCCCACCGAGCCACCCACCCAGCCGCCCACCCAGCCACCCACCCAGCCGCCCAACGAGCCACCCACCCAGCCGGGCCCCCCGAGCCAUCCCCCCAGCUGCCCCUAG